AUGGCUACCUUGCCCGAUUCCGGUGGAGAGGGCGUGGCGCCCCCGAAGGAGCCCUCCGAGAUGACUCCCGCAGAGCGGUCGGCCUUUGCGGUCCGCUGCAAGGAAAUCGGCAACCGAGCCUUCAAGGCCUCGGAGUGGGACUACGCCAUGCUGGCAUAUCAGGAGGGGCUCCGAUACCUGGAGUAUGUGCCCCACGACCAUGAAAUGCAGCCCAUCCCUGGGCUGGACCAUGGUGGACAAGAGCAGCUAGACAAGGACAUGUCUUUGGCCUCGAUUCUCUUCAGCAACCUCGCUGCUGUUGCUCUCAAGCUUGACGAUCCUCGUCAAGCCCUGCACUAUGCCGAGAACGCGCUGCGCUUCGACAUGACCCAUGUGAAAGCGCUCUUCCGACGUGGCCAAGCCUUGCUGGCUUUAGGUGAGCACUUCGAUGCUCUAGCGACGGCCGAGGAGUUGUUGAGGAAGGACCCCAAGAAUCCCGAGGCUGUCGGCAUGAAGUCGGCUGCAGCAACGGCGAUUCAGGCAGCCAAGAAGAAGGAGAAGGCGCUCUUCUCGAAGAUGCUGGGCUGA